AUGGGUGAGAAUAAACGUGCAAGACGGCGGAAAAAUUCCGUAUCGUCACGACGUGGAUUAGACCACACCGACGAUAUAUCUGUGAGCUCCGUUCUUGAUUCUGGGAUUAUAUACGGCCGCUCUUUACCCUUAGGGCGUAUCAAUAAGCUGAUAUCACAAGAAUGUAUGGAGUUUAAUAUUCAUGAUAACUCGGAAAGACCAUCACCAUUGUCGACCCUUGUGAAAAACCUGCGGGCAUUUUUGAACGCACUCAAAACAAAGAGGGUUACUAAAGAUAUCCUAUACGAUAAACGGUAUGCCCAUUGUUUCCAGGUUGGAUUCAAAGCAUGCUGGACCGACUACGAAUAUGGGCCUCCUAAGUCUCUGGAGGUUGUAGGACGCGGAAAUCUGGGAUUCCUCAGUAAAAAAAAUCCUGAACUUGACUUAUCGAUAGAGCUACCAGAAUUGAUGUUUAACGUCAAAGAUUACGUAAACUAUCGAUAUCUUAACAAAAGAAACUCAUGGCUAUGUUGUCUAUACGAAGAUAUACAGGCAACAAUAGCAGAAGACGGAACUAACCCGUUUCUGCCUGGGAUUGAGCAGCAUGGGUUAACGGUCAGCUUGUGUUUCAGGCGACCUAAAACCUACAUCGCUUUAAGUUUCCAGUACCGAGGUUGUGAAUACAAGGUAUAUUUGACGGCACACGUUCAUGAAGGAAUAUUCAAACUACCAGCCAUUAGUCCCAAACGAAACAACGUCCGCGUACCAACAACCAUAACAUCAGACGCAUCAAAUGAAAAUGAUACUGAGUCAAAUCUACGUCCUACACCUACCUACAACUGUGCUAUAAUGGAGGAUCUGUUAAAAAUGCGUAUAAAUUCAAAACUCAAGGCUGCAUUCGAGCACUACGAAAACAUGAUAGGCGCUUUGACGUUACUAACUGUAUGGCAGCGUACGCAAGGUCUUGGACCUAUAAAAAUGCAAACAAGAAACAAUAAAACACACAUGCCCUCUCCGGACACAAGUUCUGAUGCGCCACCAGGAAAUGUUGACGAACAAGAUGCAAUAGAUUCAGAUACAGCUCCAGAAACCGUGGGAAAUGAACAAAACGAGAUGAAUGAUAAUAGUGAUUCCUGCGAGAAGAACGUCACAAUAAUGGACGAUGGUGAAGGUCGGAAUCAAACGGGAGUGGAUACUGUAAAUGACACUGAUGAUCAAGCGCCAUUUGUAUCGGAACUUGUUUUACAUAAUGGUCUAUCUGGCUGUGUUUUCGCUUUGAUCCUCCUACACGUAGCGGAAUGCAGUAAGUCCCCUCCUGAUGUUGAGUCGUUCCCGCUUUUUCUGGCGGCACUGAAGUUCAUCGCCUCAAUGGAUCUGAAGAAAAACUUAUACAUUAUUGGAACUUCUAAAGCCAGAGUAUUGAGAAAGGGGUCUACGGUAACAAAAGAGGACAAGGAGAAUUCAUCACAAAGUACCACUGACAAUCAAAUUGACGCUAAUAUACGGGAUACUGAAUCGAUUAAUACAAUAUCGAUACCAAAAUUCUAUUUGGACGACGAUCGAUUGUUCAACAUUCUCUUCAAUAUGGUUUCGACAUUUCAAGAGGUGAUAGAUAAGGCCAAAACGACUGUAAAGGCUACCUCAGACAUGUCAAACCCAUUUUUGUACGGACAACUGUUCGAUCUUGAGUAUGAUACUAAUUGUCACAAUGAUGUUAGAUUGAUCGUACCAUGUUGCCCAAAGGGGGAUGGUUUCGAUAUAUGGGAGUUGGGCCAAGGGGAAUAUUUGGUGGAAAGACUGAAGGUGAUCCUGGAAUAUGGACUGAAGGAUAGAAUGGACCACCUCUACUUUCGAUAUUCCGAAAAUGGUGUAUUGAUGGCAAUGAUAGGAUUGGAUGAUAAUGUUCAGAGGACAACUGAUGUUGGUCCGGCUAGUAAUUCCAAAGAGUGCGCGCAAUUUCGUAAAUUUUGGGGGAAACUUGCAGAAACUAGAAGCUUCAAUGACGGUUCUAUAUCGGAGUGCUUACUGUGGCAUGAUAUUAUCGACCAGGUUAACGAAAAUACAGGGUCGAAAUCAAGUAUAGAACGCAUUUCAGGUGCAAAUUUGAACUUGAGGAUAUUGCAACUGAUUUUGCAGAUGCACUUUAAAAACUAUGAAAAAGUAACAAUUGGGGAUACCCAAGGUCUCCCUGAUUUUAGGAAUAUCAAAUAUGGAGCCGAUAACACCAGUGUAAUGUAUCUAGAACCGCCUAUUGUAGAGCUUGAUAACCGGCUUGUAACGAACCACAGGACUAAGUUGAUGAACGUCUACAACGAGUUCAACGGUAUACUGAGGUCGCUUGAUAAUGUACCUCUUAAGGUCUCAAAUCUAUACACAUGUAGCCCUGAAUUCGGCUAUGCGGAUGUUGGCGCGUCAAAGACACGUCAUAAGGUGCUGAUCGAGCUUGAGACGUCGACUAAAUGGCCAAAAGGCGCCAAGGAAAUACAAAGCGUCAAAGUGGCAUUCGGUAUCGCGAUACUAAAGGAAUUAUCUAGGAAACAUAACAUAAAGUCGAGAAUGUCCGAAAAUGGUGACAUGGAACUUACUUUUAAAGGCAUAAAAUUUGCAGUCAGUAUCAUGUGUCAAAGGGAAACGCAACCUUUGAUCACGUCGAUAACUAAUUACAAUCCAGAUAAUGAUCGGGUACCUUCUUCGGAGUCGAUAUCAAAAGUUAGGGACUACUUUAAGUCAAUUAAUCUCGAACGUUGCAAGGUUGUUGCCUUGAAAUAUCCAGGUUUCAGCUCAAGCGUGCGGUUGAGCAAAGCCUUUGCUGCAGAUUGCAUGUUGCCACACUCCGAUUUCUUAUGCGAAAUGUUAAAUUGUUUCGUAUUUGGAUUGAAGGAUUUUAUGGUAUCGAAACCCGUGUCAGGGAAUACAGGGUUCGCCAGGUUUCUCUAUCUCGUUGCACAUUAUGAUUGGCUGAACAACCCGCUUGUGUUGUAUGAUGAGAAUCCUAUAUAUAGUAUGUUGAGUCUAAAGAAACAAUCUUGGAUGCCAUUCUUUUGGAUCAGCACGCCCGAGGACCCGUACUGUAUAGUGCCGAUUAUGCCCUCCACAUUGCUGGCGAGGCGAUUCGCGGGACAAUGUAGUCGUUUCUUAUCAAAGUUGGAGCUACGUUAUAUGAAGCCGCUCGAAGUUAAGUCUUUCUUCGAAGUAGAAAAGUCAGGAUAUGAUAUAGUUUUAGAACUUGAAAACGUAUAUCGUAAGUUGAAAUACUCCACAGGUUCCGAAAGCUACAAGCUCUCUUUUGAUGAGGUCAGCUUUAUACUGGCAGCAUUUGUAGAUGAGCUGCGUAGAUCGUUCGGUGCCCUGUUGGAGAUUGGGUAUAACGAGCUUGAAUUAAAGGGGAUACAGAUCCCUUCAGAGCACCUGUACAUAUUUUUGAAGUACAACCCCGUCGCGUGUAUACCGUCGACGUCGAUAAAGGGUGUGUGGCCUCAGCUCAUGUUGGAACUGGGAGGUGUGAGUUUCUACCUACCCAACUUCGCGGUAACCUUAUGUAACAUUCGCGACAUAGGCCGCGGCCUGUUACGUGACAUGACAUGCACCUAA